GGUUUGAGAAUGCAAGUGGUGUCCUUGUGGUGAAAGCACUAUAAUACAUGUAUUGGUUUUCUGAAUGAGAAUCCGUAGUUGAUCACUUCUUACAUUCCUUAUGUUGCAACCUUCAUUUAAGUUUCACAUAAGCUGUGUGGCAAGUCUUAGCAAUGAGUUUUGUGGUGUGGUGUUGACUUUGCUCGUUGGAGAGAUCUAGAAUGUUCUAGCUGCAGGAAACUGACAGGUUUUUCUGUUGAUCAGAUUUGCUACUACAUACUUCAGAAGGAAAGCUAUCUAAGGCUUUUUGUAAACGAAGUCCUCAGUUCUGAAUGACCUGGCUAAGAGUGAAAUACCAUGGUCAAUCUUUACAGAAAAUUAUGAAUUUCUGCCAGAUUAACAUUUAAAAAAAACUUUUUUUGUCAUCAUCUUUCAGUGAGUUGCAAUGUGGCCAUUUAAGGCUCUCUCUGCUUCUCUCACGAGUAUAAAGCAAGUCUUCUCAAUGGUGUCUUAAGUGUCUGCUACCAAAUUAUCCCACAAAGGUUUUUGUCCCUUUGGAGAAAGCGAGGGAACUGUCUCUAGGUAGCUGUGUGUGGUCUACUGGGCUUUAUUAAUAUGUAAAAGCUAAUAGUUGAACAGAUUCAAAGACAGUAAUGCUUAAUUGGUUUUAUCACUUCAGCAAUGGAAGCAAGCAUCAAAAUAAAAUCAGUGAUAAAAUCUAUACAAUUUCUUGUAUAGAAAUGAAAUAGAAAAAUUAAAUAGAAAAUAUUUUAUCAAAUAAAAACUGAAAUAAAUGGGGUCAUCAGAAACUUUGCUUUCUGCUUGUACAGCAUGAGCCGUUUUUCCCCCCAGCACACAGGCAGCUCAGAGUAGCCGUACCCAAUUGCCUGCCAACUCACUUGUGUACCCAGGGUCUCUUACCAGUUUAACUGUAUAACCUGUGCUCACACAGGAGUUGAACUGUAUUCUUUGACUUACUCUUGAUGCGUUACGCUAAUUCGUGUGGGAUUAACUGGCUUGUCUGCAGAAUAUUGGGUGCAUUUAUUCCUAAACUGCUUUUUGUCACAAAGGUAUCAUGGGUUGCCUUACGUCUCGCUAUUAUAACUGAGUUACUAAGUCAGUCUUGUCAAUUUUGUUUGCACAGGCCCUGGUGUGCUAUGAAUCAUGCUUUCUGUGAGACACCCAGAGGCUUAGGUAUCUGUUAGCAUUUAUCCAGCUCAAAACCAAGAUAAAUUUAUGUAGAAGUACCGGUUGGCUGUAGGAUUUCCCAUCCGUGCUUUUAUACAUUUUUCCUCUGAAAUGCUUUACGUUUACCCUGUUCUUCAGCAAACUGGCUUGCAGUAACAAAUGUUAUGGAGGGGCAUGCUUUUCUCCCCUCUACCUCGUUUAUAGGGAAAGACACGGAAUAGGGUUUAACUUGCUCCUAGCUUUGCUACUGUAGCUGUCUUUCAAACAAAGAAGGUACCAUGACUCUCACUGUCUAUACUAAUUUUUAUUUCUGAAGCCUGUUUUCCUUAUGGUUUCAGCUGCUCUCAAAAUCUAUAUGCCUUACACACUACAUAUGCAUGUAUCUGUCAAAACUCUUAAGUUUUAAUGAGCUGAAGUGCACCCCUGUGCUGCUGCUCAUGAGUGGGCACUGCUUGCUAAUAUUCCUUGAUGUUGUUACUGCUAAGCCAAAGCUGUUUUUCUGUUCUAGUACUGUCCUUUGUCUUCUCUCUGUUCUCAUUUGUUUCUCCUUCUUUCUCUCUUAGUUUAUGGCUCCUUCUCCAGGUUUCCUCUGCAACAGCGUGUCCAUGUUGGAGUUCAGCUCCGUGAGACAGGUGAUGGCAGCUCCUGAAGCACAGCUGACCUGCUUGCCUGAGCCUCCUCAUCUCUAAGAGUGAGCGGGUCUUGCAGUGGCUGAAAAGAAGAUGACCAAGGCAGCAGAUGUGGAAGAUACACUUUAUCCUGCUCUUCAGUCGGCAGGGGAAAUUAAGGCUUCAGAAAUGGUAUACGACGCUACCUGAUAAAGAGAAGAAAAAGAUCAUUCGAGAAAUUGUUCAGAUUAUUUUGUCUCGCAAUCAAAAAACAAGUAGUUUUGUCGACUGGAAAGACCUCAAGCUUGUUUACAAAAGGUAUGCCAGCCUGUACUUCUGCUGUGCAAUAGAAGACCAGGAUAACGAGCUCCUGACACUAGAGGUCGUUCAUCGAUAUGUGGAGCUUCUGGACAGAUACUUUGGAAACGUCUGUGAGCUGGACAUUAUCUUCAACUUUGAAAAAGCUUAUUUUAUUCUCGAUGAGUUUAUAAUUGGUGGAGAAGUACAAGAAACUUCAAAGAGGUCUGCAGUGAAAGCCAUAGAAGACUCUGACAUGUUGCAGGAGACAGUGGAAGAGUACAUGAACAAGCCUGCGUUUUAACUUUAAAACUACCUGGAGAGGAACUGCUCUAUGCACCUGUAAAAUGCACUUCCUGAAACUGCUUCCCAAUGUGCCAGAUCCUCAGAGAAAUACCAAAAACCAAUAACUACAGGGGUUUGUUUGUAUAAUGGUGAAGAUGAAGGUCAGCUAAUGUAGCACAGGGUUUAACAAUUCUGUAUUUGCAUUACUCGGCAAAUGAGUUUCUCAGAAUUGUUAUUACCCUUGAUCUAGUUUCUCUUCUUGCUGGACUAAACACUUGUUUUUUAUCAUGCCUUUUAGCUACGGGUUUUGUCAUCGUAAAAUAUUACUCUGACAGUACUUUGAAGAGGUAUUUUUACUAGUUUUGGUCCACUGCUGACCGUAUGACUCUACUUUUGUACAAAUGUCCAUUAUUUUGAAUGUAAUGAUUAUUCUGCUCUAAUAAUAAUUUUUUUUCUAAAAGCCAAA